UCGAGUACAGUACAGUGUAGCGUACAGCUGCCUCGGAUCAAGAACAGAUUGCCUCGAUGGCUGCGUUUGCUGCAACGACCAUUCCGCUUACAGGGCGCGUCGCCGGAGCCCGGCGGUGUGUGCUGGCUCGUGCGUCGGCGACGAUGACCCCGGCGGUGGUGUCGGCGGGGAGGACGCACUACGAGGUGCUCGGGGUGGGCGCGGGGGCUAGCAGGGGGGAGAUCAAGGCCGCGUACCGGCGCCUGGCGAGGGAGGUGCACCCGGACGCCGUUGGAGCUCUAGGCGGAGACGAGGGGUUCAUCCGGCUGCACGCGGCCUACGCCACCCUCGCCGACCCCGACCAGCGAGCGCGAUACGACCGGGACGUUGCGGCCAACGCUGGGGCGUCUGCGGCGAUGAUGUUCCGGCGGGCCGCGGCGGCGCCGGGGUUCCGGCGAAGGACGUGGGAGACGGACCAGUGCUGGUAGGAGACGGACGCGCACGGCUGCUCUGCUCUCCCCAGACCCCGGGAGGAAAAAACCCCUGCUGCGGCUGCCCCGAGCCGUACGAUUAGGAUCGGACGGCCCGUACAGGGGGACACGGACGCGCGAUCUGUGUGAACCGUGACGCUGCGAGAGGCGUUUUUCAAGAUCUCUUGUGCGUUAUCGGCAUGUAAAUUGUAGUAAUUUUUUUUUUGCAAAACAUAGUACAAUCAAAGACCCUCAUAUAUA